AUGGAGAGGGGAUCAUUAGUCAUACCUGAAUUUGACAAUGCAAUAAAUAGAGAGGGUUUUGAUGAGACCGACCAUAUGGAUGAAAUGCUAGUUGAUCUAGUCAGGGCCCAUCCACUGCGCAGAGAUGAACCAACACCAUAUGCUAAAGCUUUCUACAGGAUGGUCGCUAGUGCAGAUGAGUUGGUGCACGAGAAAACCAAUCACUCAUGCAUGUCCACGGUUGCUCGAUUGCUUGCCGUAAAGUCACGAUACAACAUGCCUAUUGCAGAAUAUGAUGACAUCUUAGAUAUUGUCCAUGAACUUCUUCCUCCAGAUUCUAAGCUACUUGACAACUUCUACCAAUCAAAGAAAUUAUUGGAGGGUCUUGGUAUGCCAUAUGUGAAAAUUGAUGUUUGCUACAACAAUUGCAUGCUUUUCUACAAAGAUAAUGAGAAUAAAGAGAAAUGUGAUUUUUGUAAAGCCAAUCGAUAUGAGGAUGGAGAUAAGACCUCAUAUGGGUGUUAUGAUAUCAAUGGAUAUAGAUUUCGCUCUGAGAAAUAUGAGAAAGGAAGACCAGGGCUAACAACCAUUAAUACUGGUGUUUGUGUUACUUCAUAUGAUGAAUCUGAUAACGCUCUUGAGUAUUAUGGUGUCAUAGAAGAUAUCAUAAAGAUAAAAUGGGAGGGUAGUAUUAAACUAGAGUUGGUUUUGUUUUAUUGCCGCUGGUUUGAUCCAACACCUAAUGGAUUGAGGCGCACAGAAGACCUAGGGUUGGUAGAGAUCAAGCAUGCAGCAAGAUUAAAAAGUUUUGACCCAUUUGUGAUGGCUAGUCAAGUUACUCAAGUUUACUAUCUGUUGUACCCAUGCAAGGAGUUGUUACCAUGGUGGGUUGUGUAUCAGGUUGCUCCACAUGGAUGUGUACCCCGAAAUACCGAUAAUACUGAGUCAAUGAGUUCUGAAGAGACAAUACAUGAUGUCUAUCAAGAGGAAGGAUUGGAUGGUACCUUUGUUAUUGAUUUGGGGGAUGCAUUGGACACCAUAAUCUCAUUGGGCUCUAACGAGAUAACUGACCCAAAAGACUUGGAAACAAUAGAGAAGGCUGUUGUUCAAGAUGAAGGAUAUGAUGAAGAAGAUAUUGAGGAAGAGUAUGAAAGCACAGAAGAAGAGGAGGAACCAAUGGAUGAAGAGGCUGAGGAGACUUAUGAUCCAAAUGAUUUCUGA